AUGCUGUCUGUGGUGCUCGUGCCUCUGCUGCUCCCCCUGGUGGGCGUCUGGGCCGAUUAUAACGGCGACAACUCGACGUUCGUUCCGGACGAGUCGAUGGGCGCCUACUGCGAGGUGCUGCUGCAGUCGCCCGUCCCCGUCCCCCCCGACCAGAUCCCCUGGUUCUGCAUCUGCUCCCACUGCAAGGGCACCCACGGGCCCAAGGGAGACCGGGGCGACCGCGGCCUGCCAGGUCUUCCUGGGAGUCCCGGCCCCAGAGGUUCCUCGGGUUUCAGAGGUCCCCCAGGGUUCGUGGGACGACCCGGGAUCAAAGGACAAAAAGGCGAUGACGGUGUGAAGGGGGCUCCUGGCCUGCAGGGGCCACCAGGACCCAAAGGAGCCAGAGGGUUCAAAGGGGAGAAGGGUGACCCCGGGCUGGAGGGUCCUCCUGGAGACCAGGGGCCCAAAGGAGACGAUGGUGUGUGUCCAGACGCCUGUGAGGCCAGUCAGGGUCCCCCCGGUCCCCCCGGCCCAGCGGGGCCCGCCGGCCUGAGGGGGACCCCGGGAGCGGAGGGGCCUAAGGGCCAGAAAGGAACCAAGGGCGACGUGGGCGCGGCGGGCGUCCCCGGCACAGACGGCGUCCCCGGAACGAAGGGGGACCUGGGGCCCAAAGGGGACUGUGACUGCGUGAACGGGACCGACGGGGCCCCCGGGCCGAAGGGGGACCAGGGGGCCACAGGAGAACCCGGCGAGCCGGGGCCGCAAGGGGAGCAGGGCGCGCCUGGAGAAAAGGGUGACAUGGGCAUGGCGGGUAUGCCGGGCAUGCCGGGGCCCUGCAUGCCCUCUGUCAAGUCUGCGUUCGCCGCCGGCCUCACCCAGAGUUUCCCGCCCCCCAACCUGCCCGUGGCCUUCUCCAGGGUCUACUACAACCUCCAGAACAGCUACCUGCCCACCAUGGGCAUCUACGUGGCCCCCAUCAACGGCACCUACGUGUUCAACUUCGCCCUGACCGUGUCCACGCGCCCCCUCAAGGUCGGGCUCUUCUUAAACUUCGAGCCCGUGUUUAAGACCACAGACACGUCGUCCCUGGGGUCCCUGUCCCAGACCGUGGUGCUGCACCUCCGCGAGGGCGACGGCGUCUGGGUCCAGGUCAAAGACGAAAACACCAACGGGGUGAUCUCGGGCCCCGAGUCCUCGUCCGUGUUCUCCGGGUACCUGCUGUACCCCGACAGAUGCGAGGGCGACCCCUUCGACCUGAGCACGGGCAUCGGCCGCGACUUCGAAGAUCUGGGCAUGACCCGCCCCACCAAACCCCCUACCUCCUACAACACCGGCAACCACGAGUUCAGCUGGGGCGACGACAACGAGAACAAGCCUUAGCCUGAGCUCCAGCUCCGAGCCGAGCCGAGCCGAGCCGAGCCGAGCCGGGCCGGUCGUCUUAGUCCACACGUAGAUCCAGAGCUAAAUUAUUCUAGUCAUAGUUUGCACUUUUAUUUGUGAUUUAUUUUUCACAUUAGAUCCAAUGUUUUUAUGAAGUGUCACGUCGCCCCCUGGUGCCAAGAACACCUCAUCACAAAAGAAUGAACACAUUUCAGUAGAUGAACUUUUCCUCCUCGUUUCUUUGACGUGAGAAACCAGAAGGUCUUUGAGCCAGUCCCAACCCCUGAGAGAGAGAGAGAGAGAGAGAGAGAGAGAGAGAGAG